AUGAGAUUUGCACAGUUUCUGUUGAUCUUUGAGACUUUUGUAUCGACUUUGGUUCAAGAUCCGUAUUUGACCUCUCAAGCUGGGGGUAAUUUGAAAGCUUUCAAGGUCAUGACUUAUCUCGCCGGUCCUGCCGUGGUAAUUAUCUAUUUGAAACACUUUGACUGCCAUUUAGCUAACCCAUUAUCUUGCGGUUGGGCUUGUGGUAUUGAGGAAAAUUUCGCUCUUCCCGAUAUGAGGUCCACAUCUACGUCCAGUAGAGAGUUAUGA